AAUCUCUGAAUGAAAUAUAAUGAAUGCUUUAAGAGUGCUCCUCCGUGGGGGGAGGGCAUGCUUACUUUCCAACCGCUGUUAUGCCACUAGCAAAAAGAAAAUUCACGAUCCUAAUGAAGAAGAAAGUUUGCCCAUUUUUCAGUACCCCGUAAGCAAAAGCUCUGACACAAGGUUGUACGUGUGGGGUUUGGCGGAGACAGGCGCCCUUGGCAUUCAUCUACCGCGGGGCAAAAGGGGCAAGAAGGCAUACAAGAACAACUUUACUCUGGCCUGGCAUCCCAUGAGGUCUACUUUUGCUGAGCGGUUUGAUGUAGCACAUGUAGCCUGUGGUUAUGGCUUUACCAUAGCAUCGGUCAAAACAAAUGAGCAACACAAAGUGUUUGGCACUGGCAUCAAUACGGACUCACAGAUUGGUUAUCAUGCACCCAGAAUGGGCCACCCAUUGGAAAUGCUACUUAGCCCUGCUCCUAUUUAUAUUCCUUACAAAUCUUUAGAGACUAAGGUCAUAGGAUUAGCUGCCGGUCGAGCGCACACAGUAAUAUUAACAGAUACAGAAGGCGCGUACACUUUAGGUAACAAUGCGUAUGGACAAUGUGGACGUAAGAUCAAUCCUCACGAGGAGUAUCGGGGUAGCAUGAUAUCGCAUAACAUUCGUAGACUUGGCAAGGAAGAAAUUAAGUCUGUGUGCUGUGGUCAGGAUCACACUAUGUUCGUAACAGAGUCGGGUCGCGUGUAUGCGUGUGGAUGGGGCGCGGACGGACAGACAGGGUUGGGUACCUUCGACAAUACGGGCAUCCCAUCUCAAGUUAAGGGAGACAUCACCACCGAGAAGAUUAUUAAAAUCGCUUCUACUGCCGAUUGUGUGCUGGCUUUGAAUGAAAAAGGCGAGCUGUUCGGUUGGGGCAAUUCGGAAUACGGGCAAGUGCCGAUGGCGUCGAAACAGCAACAAGUGAACAUGUCGUACUCGCUGCUUAAUUUCACACGCGGCCUUGGUCGAAUAAUUGACAUUGCAGCAGGAGGCUCUUUUUGUUUGAUUGUUAAUGAGCAUGGCGAUGUUUUCGUCUGGGGCUUCGGACUUCUAGGUCUCGGUCCAAAUGUCCAUCAUUCACCGAAACCAAAACAAAUACCAGCACCUCUUUUCGGUCGUAAUGAGUUUAACCCUGACAGCAUGGUUGUGAAAGUUGCCUGUGGUAUUGGACAUUUAGCAGCCAUUACAAAUGGAGGAGAUCUUUACAUGUGGGGGCGUAAUAGAUGCGGUUGUCUUGGGUUAGGACAUACGAAAGAUCAACAAUUUCCUUUGAAAGUAGCAGUUGGUGCUCAUGUAUUGAAUGUUGUGUGUAGUGUGGAUCAUACUAUAGCACUGUGCAAACCGUUCAUGUGAUGUUGCUAAGAAGGUUAUAUUAAG